UGAAGGCCGGGGCCUGUGAUGUGGAGUCGGCGAGAGCUGCCAAAGUGAAACACCGAAAAAGGAUAGAAUCGUGAAAACUGGGGGAAUCGGGGAAAUCAUCACGCAGAAGCACGCUAUUUUUAAACAGUGUAUAACGCUUUGCAGGAGGAGAGCCCUUGACCCGUCUGGACCCAGCCUGGCCCGGCCCAGCCCGUCCCAGCCAGCACACUCCUCCUCCAGCGCCAGCCUCGGCCCGGGCCUCUCCAGAGCCACCCAGUUUCCAUCCUUCUCUCCCGCGGUAGCCUCAGCACAGCUCCAUGGCAGGUCGGGGAGGAGCGGCACGGACUAACGGCGCCGCCGCCAGCAACAAGAUCUGCCAGUUUAAGCUCGUGCUGCUGGGGGAGUCGGCGGUGGGCAAGUCCAGCCUGGUGCUGCGCUUCGUCAAGGGCCAGUUUCAUGAGUACCAAGAGAGCACCAUCGGAGCUGCCUUCCUCACACAGACAGUCUGCUUGGACGACACGACGGUAAAGUUUGAGAUCUGGGACACUGCCGGACAGGAGCGGUAUCACAGCCUGGCGCCCAUGUACUACAGAGGGGCUCAGGCAGCCAUCGUGGUCUACGACAUCACUAACACAGAUACAUUUGCACGUGCAAAGAACUGGGUGAAGGAACUGCAGAGACAAGCCAGCCCGAACAUUGUCAUUGCGUUGGCAGGGAACAAGGCCGAUCUUGCCAGCAAGAGAGCUGUAGACUUCCAGGAAGCACAAGCAUAUGCAGAUGACAACAGUUUGCUCUUCAUGGAGACCUCUGCCAAGACCGCCAUGAACGUCAAUGAAAUCUUUAUGGCCAUAGCCAAGAAACUGCCGAAGAAUGAACCCCAGAGUGGGGCAGGGGCUGGUGGCCGGGCCAGGGCAGGAGUGGACCUACAGGAUACCACGCCGCAGAACAGAAGCAGCCAGUGCUGCAGCGGUGGCAAUUAAGACACAGAUCCUGACGACUGCAAGCCAGGCACCAACCGACCAAUGUCAUCCAUGGCAAAAGCAACCGGACAAAAUCAAGAUCAGUUCUGACCAAUCGCACUUGGUGGAGCCCACCGUUCACUUUAUUCCUCUGCAUUUCUGGAAAAAAAAUCACAGUCUGGAGGAAAUUCCAUUGGCUCUUUUUGCUCUUUCUAUCAUUAUUUUCCUGUUUAAAACUAAUUCAAUUAUGUCUUAAGUCACUUUUUUUUUUUUAAAACUUCCUCUUCAGGUGGUGGGUGCUUGUAGCAAAUAUUUUUCUCCAGACCCUGAUCCUCUCCUUGUCCCACUCAAUCCCCCUCCUCCCUCUCGAAAUUGCAGGCAGGGGAAUUGAUGGAGUCUUCUCCUUCCAUAGCUAUCUUGUCUAUUAUUAUCAUUAUUAUUGUUAUAAAUAUAAUAAUAAUUAUUAUUAUUACCAUCAUCAUCAAUACUACUGUUCUGGCACAAGAAAAACAGUGAUUUAAUAGUCUAGGUUGUCUAUGGUUUCCAAUCAUUUAUAUACAAAAUAUCCAACCAUACACAUAGUGCA